UCUGAGAUGGCCAAGUUUUGGUCUACGUGGUUUAUGAACAGCCCCUCAUCAAAUAACAAACGACCACCAACCCAAAACAGAGAGCACGAAAGCUCGCUCACCGCUCUCACUUCAUGCGAAUCACUUUAUCACGCGAGAGAAACCCGAGAGGAUCCGCCGCUGGUUGCUCCUAUCACGUUCGCAACCGAGAUGAGCUCAUCCAGCAUCCUUUCGUGUCCACCUUCUAUCAUAUAAAACCAAACUCCCGAGCAUCAAACGCGCCAGUUUCGUUCACGGGUGGAAGCUUUCCUCAUACGCUUCUUUACACCAAGCCUAGCGAGCUCUCCGUUCAGAGCCCCCGGUUCGCGAGCCCCGGACUUGGCCGACCACAAACAGAACCAGAAAGGAUUAUUUUUUCAAGCAAAUUUUCCACCCGUCGUCAUCGCCAGCAUUUCCUUUCGUUUGCAAGGGGUGCAAUUUCACUAUCGUUAGACCCGGAGGGUGAAAAGUCGAGCCAGUCGUCGUCGCCAUGGAGGAUUAAGUGCAAAUUUGCAGUUUUGUUUGAUUGGAAAAUUGAGCUGUGAAUGCGGAAAGUGCGUCGGGUGUGAAAUUGUGGCUGUGCGAAGUGGGCUCACGGGAACCAGGGAAAUGGAUGCAGAACGUAAAGUUGCGCUGUGGGGAAAAUAAUUUUCCUGGUGGACGAGUGAAGUGUGAGGAGGAUAAUUGAGACGCCGUCAGCCGGGAGCAAAAUGUGUAUCGCAUAGUGGAUAGUGGCGAGAAGAAGUAAAAAAAGUGUCAUUCAAUUUAAAGUGACCAAAAAGUUGGAAGCGGAAGUCAUUUUCUCGGAAGUAAUUAGGGACAGUGCUGGGUUGUGCCGAAUAUCUGAGGACUGCCAAUUAAAGGAAGAACCAUUUUUAUUCUGGAUUACAAGGAGCUGCCAUUCUACAAUUCACAAUGCACUCCCGGCUGUUGAUGCUGCUAUGGCGAAGGAAAAUGCUGCUGCUGACUUCGACGCUUCUUUUUCUGCUAGCGCUCUGGUUCUGGGGAUUCCUCUACACGACGCAUGUGAGCGAUAGCGGUGGCAAAAUAGUGUCGGUAAAAGAAUUGGUGAUGGGUUCCGGUGGAAACCCGGCUGGUGGCAGUAGUGGAGCACAUCAUGAAAGUCUUCUCCAGCGGUUGGGUUUCUACGAUGAUGCGUCGUUGGACGAUGGGCAAGCGGAUGGUGCCGGUGCUGGAGGGGUUAAGUUCGUAAGGCCGACGGGGAGCACAGUGAAUAGAAUAAGAGGUAAAUUCAUCGACGGUUGGGAAAGCAUUCUGCAAGACCGCGAUGGCAAGCCAAGUAACUCCAAACAAGAACAAGCUAAGCGAAAGUCUGCCGAAGAGCUCCGGAUAGCUGUGGAAAAACAGAACCACUACGAACACGAACUGAAAAAGAUGGGCGUUCCGGUAAUAGCCGGAAUCGGUCCCGGAGGUCAUCCACCUCCCGUACAGCGGCUGGUUCAUCUGGAUCUAAAAGGGGCACCGCCGAAGGUUUCCUACCUGAAGAGACUCAUGCCAAUCAUGAAGACCUUGGGAGCCACUGGAAUUUUGCUGGAGUACGAAGACAUGUUUCCGUACAGUGGAGUGCUCUCUUCAAUAUCCGCGAAGAACGCGUACAGCAAGGACGAUAUCUUAGAGAUCCUGAAGACGGCCUUCAGUUUGGGACUCAACGUCAUUCCUCUGGUACAAACAUUCGGGCAUUUGGAGUUUGUACUGAAGUUGCAGGAGUUUCAGCAUCUUCGAGAGGUAGAGGACGCCCCUCAAGCACUGUGUCCAAGCCAAAAUGCUUCAAUGGUUUUCUUGGAGGAAAUGCUUGACCAAGUGAUUGAGUUCCAUACGCCCUCGCAAAACAUGAAUCUUUUACACAAAGAAGACAUAGAAAAGCUAACCCCCAAACUGACGCAUAUCCACAUUGGCUGUGACGAGGUGUUCCAGAUAGCGCAAUGCAAUCGAUGCAGGAAUCGCCAAAAGGAUCUGCUCUUCUUGGAUCACAUCUACAAUGUGGCCACGAUGAUCCGCAAGAAAUGGCCUCACCUGAAGAUCAUCAUCUGGGAUGAUAUGUUGCGACACAUGUCUAUCGACACGCUGCAAACCUCCGGCAUCGGUAAACUCGUCGAGCCCAUGAUCUGGGUCUACGCCGAGGACAUCUACAAGUUCAUCCAGUCUUCCACGUGGGACAAGUACGCCAAUGUCUUCACUACAGCUUGGGCCGCAUCGGCCUUUAAAGGAGCCCAUGGAGAAGCUCUCAUACUUCCACCGAUUCGUCGUCAUCUGGAAAACACACUUCGAUGGCUGGCUGUGAUGCAAGGUGAAGGAACACGAUUCACCAAUGGUAUCCAGGGUCUAGCUCUGACCGGAUGGCAGCGGUACGAUCACUUUGCCAUCCUCUGUGAACUGCUUCCGAGCGCUCUUCCAUCUCUGGCCGUGUGCCUAUCAACGGCUUCACGAGGAUACUUCGACGUUAACCCGAAAACCAAUCCCGUACUGAGUAGCUUGACCUGCCCGGAACCCACGAGCGAACGGCACGCGUGGGUUGAACUGCACAAAGAUUCCGUGUUGUCCACCUUCUCGCGGUGUAUGUUUCCGGGCAGCGUAAUCUACCGGUUCAUGCUCCGACUCAUGACGUUGAUGACCGAGGCCAAGGAGUACAUCGACGAGGUGAAGAACAAACGCGGUUGGCUAACGGAGUACAACAUUAGGCACAACUUCUCGGUGGGGACACGUGUGGAUGACCUUCUCGGAGAGGACUACCAUCUGCUGAACUCCAUCACCAACCUGGCGAGGAACGCCGCCUCGACGUUGGCCGAUGUCUACGAUCACUGGACAUCCGGAGAGUUCAUCGAGCAGCGCAUCUUCCCGAUAAUGGCCGAGCUAAAAAAUCUGGAACGCAUUGGGGAAUCUCUGAAAAAGCGGAAAACGUGGCCCCAGCGUCCACUGCCAUACGUCAAACCGUUCGACGCACUAGGAAUUGACGAGAAAACCUAGCUGCAGGAGUACGUCAAGAUUCCGCUGAGGCACUAGAGGGUGCAUUCCGGCGAGAAUCUGGACGGUAGCGUAAUGUGAUGAUGAUAACGAUGAUCAGUUUUUUAAUGAUUUAGGGUGUGAUUUAGAGAGACGAUAGUGUUCUACAUAUUUGUAGUUUAAACUAAAAGGUUCGAGUAGGUACACUUAGAAACGAGAAAAACGGUUGUAGAAAAACAAAUGCGAAAAUAUGUAGAACUGUGUGUUUGGGGUUGUUGCACUUGGGAGAUCUCAGCAGAUAUAAAGAGUCAUUUCCUACACACUUUGCAUUCCUCCAGUAGUUUGUCUGGAUGUCGGAAAUUUUCACUUUCAAAUUCCAUGGGAGUUUCAGCAGGAUUUAGAAGGGUUCCCGGAGGUUCAGAGAGCUUCCAAAGGGAGGUUUCAGGGGUGUUUCAGAGGUGUAACAAGGCUUUUAAGGGAACCAUCCUCUAUGGGAUUUCCGUUGGAUUAAUGAAGAGGAGUUUCAAAGCGCUGGAAGGGGUUCUACAAGGUUUCAGGAGGCUUUCAAAAAGGUUCCAGGGACUCUUUCAGUGGCGUUUUAAUGCGUACCUACUACCUAGGCAUUUCAGGAGGUUUUAGGGUGCCUUCAAAAGAGAAAGUUUCAAAGGGAUUUCAAGGCGUUUCAAGGCAUUGCAUGUGAUUUCACACGUCUGAAAACAUCUGAAAACCUCUGAAUCCUCUGAAUUUCCCUGACGACCUCCGAAGCCCCCUGGAAACCUUCAUCACGCCCUUGAAAUUCCCUGAAACGCUCCUUGAAACCCUUGAAAUCUAAUGAGACUCCUGGUACGCCCUUGAAACCUUAUGAAACCCCCUGAAAUGCCUCUGAAACUCGUUGAAAUCCCCUUAACUCCUCUGGGACGCGUCUGCAACCCUCUGAAAUAUCCUGGGGGAAGUUUUAACCCCCUGAAGACCUCGGUAACGCUCCUGGAACCCUUCUGAAAGCCCUUCAAACCCUCUGGAACGUCAUUGACACUCCUGAAACUCCCUACCCAUGUAACAUUUUGAUGGCCAAUUAGUCUUGUAGAGGUUUUCGUAACCGUCAUAUAACCUAAUACCUUUUAUUUUAGUUUUGUGAUAGCAUAGCAUAGCAUAGCAUAGCAUGAAUAAUUGCACAAAUCUUAGAUGGAGUUGCAAAGUCGAAUAUUUCCAUUGACAUUGCUGAUGUCGCUACUAUCUACAAUGUCAUAGAUUCACUCAGCUCCACACACCUGGCCAAGUCCUUGCAGGCAUUUAUAAAUCCCUUCAUCAACUUAGAAAGAGCCCAAAACUGAAGCAUCUUCCAAUAGAUGAAAGGAUGUUGAAAAUAGCGAAUUUUCAACUUAUAUGCAGUAAUAAAGUAAAUAUACUGAAGUAAAAUUAUUUAUCUACCUUUUAUUUUAGUUUUGUGAUGGUCAUAAAAACCUCGUCUAGUCUGGGUAAGACCCCCUGGAACACUUCUGUAAGCAAUCUAUGCUUGCUCUCCCGGAAAUCCAAAAGAAAUAGUAGAAGAAAUUCCGAGGGAAAUUUUCUCAGAAAAUUCCUGGAAGAAUCACUAAAAAGUAUCACAGGGGGCAUUUCAAACGAAGAGUGGAGAAGCGCUGACAGGAAUCAGUGGAAAAAAGUCAUUAAAAAUCCCGAUGUAAAUGUCGGGAGGAGAAAUGCCUGGAGGAAUCUCCUAGAUAAAUCCCGAAAGGAAUCCGGUCAGAUAUCCCGGAAAUAAUCCUUAGAGGAGUUCCUGGAAAAAUCCAGGGAUUUAUCGAUGCAGAACCUCCUGGAGAAUUCUCGAACGGAGUUCUUGUAGAAGGUCCGGGAGAAAUCUUCAGAGGGUUUUAGGGAGUAAUAUCUAAAGGAAUCCCCGGAGCAAUCACUGGAGGAAUUGUGAGAGCAUUCCCUGGAAAAACCGAGAGGGAUUCUUGGAGAAAUCACUGGAGGAUUCCCGGAACAAAUCCUUUGAGGCUCGAGACAAAUCCUGAGGGACAUCUUUUUCACAUGUAGAACUUUAGUUAUAUACUUUGAUCCUAGGUUCCUAGGUGAAAAACAUGUGUUCAACCGUUUUAAGAGCUCCACCUGUUUCAAGAAUUUACCAUGACAUUCUUAAAAUUUCGUUUUAGAGACGAACCAGUCAAGGGCUGAAAGUCUCUUUAAUAAUACAAUAAUGAAUCAAUCAAUUAAAAUUUCGGGAAAUUUAGAGUUUCAGCAAAAUGUUGUACAAGUGACUGCAACGUUAAAUCAGAUUUCUAUGUUUCUUGAUGUAUACCUCUGAAAAUCUACUAGAAAAGCCAGAAAAACCUCAACCAAUGCAACUAUGAUUUUUUUUUGGCAAAUUCAGUAAGGCGAGAACAAAUUUCAUUUUGCUUUUUUGUCUGAAAUGGGGCAUAGUAUUUGCCCAUUUUUGAAAAAAAAUAUGAAAAUGAAUUCUGAUUCCAGACCUAUGUAAGUGCACAAAUGAUAGAUACAGGGGAUGGCCAAAAUGUUUGGGAUAGGCAACUUUUUUUCUCCCACAAAAAAAUUCAACAUGCUGUAACUUUUCAUAGAGUGCAUCAAAAAAUCGCAAAUUUUGACUGUUUAUCAACCUGUUAUAUGUGCAUGAUUGGUACAAAAUUGGGCUCGAUUGAAUAAUUUUUCGCGAAGUUAGAACCGUUCGGGUAAAACACUAUUUUUUAGACAACUCAUUUUUGAGCUGUCAUAUCUCGGAAACCAGUGAACCGAAUUGAAUGAAUUUUUUAACGUUUAUGAACAAUAUAUUGAUACUUAUCACAACGUUAUAAAAUGUAAUAUUUUCUCACGACGAAUUAAGUUAUACCGGGUUGAAAUUUUUACCCAUAUAGAGGAAAAUAAGUUAAAUUUACAAUACCAUACAAAAAUUGCUAAAUGUGUUCUUUCUUCAAUCUAGAUAGGCUCUAAUAUAUCUGAUUAGAGAUAACUUGAGAACAGAAGUGGAAAAUCUUUGGACAUCAACACUAAAAUUUAUUGACAUUGACGUAAAAAAAUUACCUUUUUUCGAGAAAAAUCCAAAAAGUGCCAAUCCAUGAUAACUUUUUGCAACGUUCAAAAACUAUCUAUGUUUUAAUAGUUUGUGAAGCAUUUGUAUAUUGUUAGUGUACGUUCAAAAUUUCAUUCAAUUCGGUUCAUUGGUUUCCGAGAUAUGACAGCUCAAAAAUGAGUUGUCUAAAAAAUAGUGUUUCACCCGAACGGUUAUAACUUUGCGAAAGUUUAAUCAAUCGAGCACAAAUUUGUACCAGUGAUGCACAUAUAACAGGUUGAUAAACAGUCAAAAUUUGAGAUUUUUUGAUGCACUCUACGAAAAGUUAUAGCAUGUUGAUUUUUUUUUUUGAGAGAAAAAAAGUUCCUAUCAGGCUUGGUAUUGGUCAUGAACUUCACAAGCAUGCUACGGUUUGACUCGAAUCAUGCGUCGCUAUUGAACGCGAAGUAAGCAAACAAAGAUCACAUAGGCAAAGCACAUUUUCGCGAUUUAGAAACCAUGGGCAACCGUCAUGAUUUGCUUUAUUACUUGACCUUCAAUUAAUCUGACCAUCGGCUGUUUGACCAUCGUUGAAGAAGACUGCAGUGGCAGUACAUUUUUGAUUUAUUGAAUUGAAAUGGACUUAUUCAAAGGUUCGUUCCUCAAUAUUAUUAGCUAGCCAGUCUGCAUAUUUAUACAAGUUAUCUUGCUCUUUCAGAUGAAGUACGAAUUUGGAUGGCUCCAGGGCUUAAAAAAUGUUUCUUUCCUGAGCAGAAGAGAAUAAUACAGAGGAUAAUACAACUUACGAAGAGUCUUUUAGUCAGGCAUUGAAAAAGCUCGGCUCACGAGCAAAACUCAGCCAAUUUCAUGCCAACUUGAUGCUCAUCAGAAAGAUAGGCCUUGAGUGUUCAAGUUCAUUGAACUAGGCCGCUCAUCAGUUAAAUGAGCAUUGAGCACCGCAGCUCACUGUACCUAAACUAGCUGAGCUUGGAUUUAUUAUAGAAAAAAUGUCACAUUUUCGACCGCAUUUUUCGUGUAUGAAACCUUUACCAAUAUAAAUAACUGUUGUAUUUCGAUGUUUCUCUUAUUCUGAGUAGCCUUUUACAGGCUAAGGUUGGGCCAGGACCGUCUCCAAAGGGCUCAAGAUAGUAAUGAUGCAUUUUGACACUUCCUCCCUCAUCGUAUCCUUUUUUCCCAAUCCUAAUACAUGGUUCGUAGUAAAAUAAGAGGGUCCCCCUCCAUCUCAAAAUACUACGUCACUAAUUGAUGGUCCCACUCGGUCCGUAGUCAGUGUCGAGCUGUCAAACUAUUAUUCCUCGGAUCGUAGUGUCCUAAUCUACAAACAUAAUGCGGUCUCGUUCGUGGACCAUCGAUUGCGUCAACAAAGGAAAAGCCACCCAAGCCACUUUCGUAGCAAUACGCCAUCGCCCAAUCAAGCGGCACCGCCACCAUUGAAGUGUGCGAAUACCAAUCCACUAGACCAGUCAAUAAGAACUUCACAGUUUUCCAUCCGUUUUUUUUGGCGUAGCCCCUCCGGAUUACCCAUCAACAUGCCGGCCCUGUGACUGACUGUGUCAAACGUUCCAUACUUCUGACGCUGAGUUUUUUAUCCGGAAGUCGUGGUUUAUCCGCUGGUUCAAUUGAGCAGUUUCUCAGCCUCAGUUAGUAUCAACUUCUACAAAUUCAGGUCAUGACAGAAGUGACUGCAUGAAAAAAGUGAUGGUUUGCUAUGAUUUUCGACUGGCACAUAAUCGACCAAGAAGAAAGGCGUCGUCAAGCAAACUCUAGCUCAUUGUUUAUUGCAGAAGUGAGCGAUGCAUUCCUCCGAUAACAUACGUUCUCUGGAGUUUCAACGAUGGUUGAGUAGCCUUGCAUACUCAUCACCUGCAUUGAAGCCGCGUUUUCCAAAUGAUUCGUUUUUGCCAUGUAAAUAAAAGAUGAUUUUUACCAAAUUCAAAUUCAAUAAAUUUCGCUCGACUUUUGAACCGACUUCAAUCGUACACAAAUUAAGCAACAUUACACCGUUUUCUUCCACUGAUGCCAAUUUUUGCGAUUGACUUUACAACAAACGGGCGUCCUUCAAUUUCAACCAUACUCCUGCUUUUCCCAUAAAGGGCUAUGUUUAUUACCAGGCCUGGCCCCGGUAAAAUAUUUUUUUAACAAUAUUUGUAGUGGAAGAUGAUAUUUUACCAUCUACCAGACGACCAUUUUAAAAACUGCAUUCCCGGUGAGAACUGGUGUUUGACUGCUUCUACCUAGCUAAUUAGUUACUGUAUCUAAAUACCUAUCCUGAGGAAAUGCCGAUGCAGAAGGUGUCUCGUAUCAAAAAAUGACCUUUGGCGUCGACUUAGUUUUGCUAGAGCCCAGGCUAGAGUCCGCUUAGCGAGUUCGCAAGAAAACGUCCACUCAAAUAAAACCAUACGAAAGAAAUUCAUCUAUGCUGGAUGGUAAGCAUACUGUGGAAAACCCCUCACGACCGUCAUUUCACUGUCAGUGAAGGUCGUUUUUCCUAAAACGUUCAGUCGUUUUCUCUAUGGUAACUGAACGUCGUCGUCCAAUGCAUGCUCGCUACACAACAAGCUCUCGAGCAACGUACUUGAUGAUUUCAUGAGCCUAUUGCGAUUGCACUAUACUGAAGACGCCAAACUGGUAUUCGUUAUUUGAACAUGACCACUAACGGUGAUUAAUCCCAAGCCUGGUUCCUAUCCCAAACAUUUUGGCCAUCCCCUGUAUAUGUGUCUGAAUGUUAAUCUCGGUCACUAAGUGCUUUAGACCCGCGUUACAGAUGUUCCGGGGAAUCGAAGCCGGGGUAAAUUUUUGAAUAUGAUUCACCAUGGGGCUCCUCAAACUUCGUGGCUUUAACAUCACUCUGAGCUGUUUUUGCAUUAUCUGAAAUGUGUAAUUUUGACCAGAUGAACAAACACCAUUUUCCGACAUACAGAUUCCAAGAAUUUCUUCAUACUCACUAACAGCUGCGCUAUUAAAUCCUUCGGAAAAUUUAAUGAUUGUUCUAGAUUUGCUUUGGGAACUGCCCAAAAUUUCUCCGAAUAUUCUGUAAAACUAUCCUUUAUUAACUCUGGUGAAAAUUGUUACAAAGCAAGUAAAAGUUCCUCCAGUGUUUCGGGAAAUUUCAUAAAUUUCUUCAAAAAAAUAUGCUCCAAACGAUUUUUUUCAGAAAUUUUGCAACAUUUUCAGGAUUUAAAAAAAAAAAUCUGAAAGCAAACACCCAGAUAAGGGGGAAACUAAUGUAUUCGUCAAAUAAAUUCAUCAGGAAUUUGCGUCUUAAUUCAUUAAAAUCUCUAGAAUUUGAAAUAUUAAUAAAAUUUGGAAAAGGAACAUAAAACAUUUUUUUUUCUAGAAUAUCCAUCAGACGUAUAAUGUCCUUCUUCUUCUUCUUCUUUUUCUUCUUGUUUUUCUUGUAAUAACGCUUCACCUGGAAUAAAGCCUGCUAUUUGAGAAAUUCCAAAACGAUUUUCUAAAGGAAAUCUUGGGGAAAUUCCUGGAGGGAUUCAAGGAGGAAUUCUUGAAAAAUUCCUGCAGGGAUUCCAGGAAUCCUUCAGAAAUUAUUGCCGGAAUUCCUCCACAAAUGUCAGCUGUGAUUCUUUCAGUAAUUUCUUCAUAAUUUUCUACUGUGGGGACUUCUACAAGGAUUCCUCCAGAAAUUAUACUUGUAAUUUCUCAGUAAUUGCUGCCGGGAACCCACUAGAGUUUGCUUUAGGAAUGUUUGCUGGAACUGCUUCAGGGCUACUGGCAUUUGUUCAGAAAGUGCUGGAUGAAUCCACGAUGUAUUCUUGCUGCGAUUCCACAGUCAAUUUGUGCUGGUAAUCCUCCUUUUUGAAAGCUCCCUAGAGCAAUUGUCCGGCAAGGAUUUCUGGAAAAUCCUAUCAAGAAUUGCUGAAAAAAUCCUACUAGGCAUUCGUGUUGGCAUUCCAAGAGAAAUUCCCAAAGGAAUCCUUGGAGAAAAUAUCUCUGAAAAAUGACGAAUUCUUGAGGAAUUUCUCGAGGGAUCCCAGGAAUCCUGCAGAACCUUUUGCUGGAAUUCCUCCACAAAUAGCUGCUAUGAUUGUUUCAGUAAUUUCUUUGAAAUUUCCAGCUGUGAUUCCUUCAGGAAUUCCUACAAAAAUUCCUCCAAAAAUUCUUCUUGGAAUUUUCCCAGUGAUCUCUGCUGGAAACCCACUAGCGAUAUUUUUGGGAAUUAUUGCUGGGAUUUUUUCAGGGCUGCUGCUGAGAUUUAGUGAGAAAUUUCUGGAUGAAUUCACCAUGGAGACUUGCUGGAAUUUCUCAGUCAAUUCCAAAUGUGAAACAACAAUUGUUGGAUGACAAUGCUUGAGAAAUCCCUGCAAGAGUUCCUGGAAAAUCCUACUUCAUGUAGAAAUCUAAGCAGGAAUUUGUGCUGGUAUUCCAAGAGAAAUUUCCAAACGAUCCGUUUGGGACACCUCUGUAGUAGUCCUAACAUGAAUUUGUAGAAGAAGCUCAUCAUGAAUUCUUGGAGAAAUUUCAAGAGGAUUUUUCGGAAACUUUCUCCAGGAAUCCCCCUUGGCAUUCUUCCAAGAGUGUCUAAAAAAAUAUCUGGGAUUCCCCCUAGCAAUUCUUCAUGGAUUCUCCCAGCGAUUCCUGCUGUAAUAUCUUUAUGGAUUUCUCCACAAAUUCAUGCAGAGAUUUUUUUUUCAGGGAUCCCAUCAGAAUUACUUCAGUGAUUCUUCCAGGAAUUUCUGUAAGUACAUCUACUGGAAAUCCUCUUAAGAUUUCUUUGGGAGUUUGUGUAGCAAUUGAUCCAGGAAAUCAUUAUGGGAAUGCUUUUGGAGGUGUUGCUAGUAUUCCAACAGACAUCAUUACUGUACUAUGGAUGAACAAACUGCUCUUAGGCUUGAUUUUAAAAAUUUUAUCUUAAUAAGCUGUUAUUCAGCUAUCAUUGUUACUUUGAGUAGUAGUUCUAAAGCAAUCCCGACUAGAAAAUUAUAUCAAGUUUGUAUCAUAUUGUGUUAUGAUGUUAUAAUAUUUUUCUCUAACUUAUUAUGUUAUAAACUAGCUGCAGGAUGAUGUUAAAAUAACUUAAAUUGUAACAAAAAGUACACUGGUCUAAUCAAGAUUAUAACCUAUUUUGUUAUAAUCAUAUCAAAAUUAUAACAAAAUGUGAUAUGAAUUGUAGCCUCAGGAUUGCUGGUUUCUAUCAUAAUUUGAUAUAACUUUGUUACAAUAUUUCUCAAAUGUCGAAGAUUAAAACUAAAUUAUAAUACAAUGAGUUAUGAAACAACAUUUAUAACACAAUGUGAUAAAAUUAAGUGAUAGUAUUUUAAAACACCAAGAAUGUUGAACAUGUUUAUAUCACAAUGAGUUAUAAAUAUCAUGAUUUGUUAUGAUUAUGUUCCAUUUUUGUUACAAUUUCCUAGUCGGGAUCUCACCAAGAAUUUAAAAAAAAAUCAAGAGAAUUUUCAGUAUAAAUAUUAAAAAGAAUGCAUGAAAAUGCAUGAAUUCCAGAAGAAAUCUUUGAACGAAUUUCUGGAGCAAUCCAGGGAUUAAGGGGAUUUAAGAAAACCUGGAAUCCCAGAAAAAAAAACUUCUAAAGAUAUAAUCCCAUAGGAAUUUCCCUGAAUCUGGAGGAUUGCAUGGAGAUAUCCCUUAAGCUCUGGAAGAUUCCCUGCAGAUAUUGUAUGGAGGACUCGUACCAGAAAUGUCUGCAGCAAUCCCAGCUGUAGUCCUGGAGCAAACGCUCAAAGAAAUUCUAAAAAAAAAUCAAUAAAGAGGAUUUUCAGUACAAAUAGGUAUCAAGAGAAAUUCAUGGAAGAAUCCCUAGAGGAGUUCCUGAGGAAAUCUUUGUAUGAAUUUCAGGAGAACUUCAGGAAUUGCUAAAAGAAGACCAUCAAGUGUACCUGCCCGGGUAGAGGUGAAGUACUGACGAUCAAAACGUGAUAUUGGUUUGAUUGAUAUAAUUGAUAAAAGAUCUGAAUAUAAUAUCAGAAAAAUAUUCCUGGAACAUCUGAACAAUAUCAAAAUGUGAUAUUUCAAGAUCAAACGAAUAGCUUGCUGCUAUUGGUUCGAUCUUACAAGAUCUAAAUAUGAUCUGAUGAUGAUUUCCCAGGAGUAAAUUUUAGAUACAAUUUUUAGAUCUUUUAUCUCUUAUAUCAAUCAAACCAAUAUCACAUUUUGAUCUCAAUAUCAUAAUGUAUUAUUAUCGAGCUCUUUUCCUCUACCCGGGUGGAGGAAUCCCAACAAAAACUUCUAGAGGUAAUUCCAGAGAAAUUCCUAUACUGCAGUUCUACGCAUAGUUGUCCCAUGUUAUAAGGGAAUUCCAUGUAACAUGGGACAAUUGUGCUUAGAACGGCAGUACAGAAGAAAUCUUUGAACGAAUUUCUGGAGCAACCUAAAGAUUGAGAGGAUUUAAGAAAACCUGAAGGAAUCCCAGCAACAACUUCUAGAGAGAUAAUCCGAUAGGAAUUUCCAGAUGAAUCGUUUUAAAAUUUCCUGGAGAAACUUCAGUAGUUGUUAGAGGAAUCAUUUGAAUUCCCCUGUAGAAACCACAGGCGGAAUCCCGCAGGCAUUGAAACCUCUCUGUAGAAAUUACAGAAAGUUCUGCAAGAAUCCCAGCGGGAAUUCAUAGAUGAAUGUCUGCAAAAACUCUUGGAAAAUCUGCAGGCUUUGAAGGAAUCCGUGUAGAAAUAUCUUCAAGAGUCACAAGAAGAGUUUAUCGAUCAAAUCCAGCAGGUAUUUAUUACUGGAAGAUUCCCUGCAGAUAUUGUAUGGGAAACUAAAAAAAAUCCUGGAGGAUUUCUACAAGAAAUGCUUGAAAGAACCCCAGUAAUAGUCCUUGAGCAAUCCCUGCAAGAAUCACUAAAAAAUUUAUAGGAAUUUAUGGAAGAACAAAAGAAAUUUGUGAAGGAAUUUUUAGAAAAAAAAAAUCUUUGGAUGAAUUUCUGGAGAAAUCCCAGGAAAAUCUUUUAGAUAUAAUCACAGAGGAGUUUCUAGAUGAAUCGUUGAAAAAAAAGCAUCCACAGAGGAAUUUCUGGAAAAACUCUUGAAGAAGCCGUGGAAGAAUGCUAAAAGGAAUACUUGGAGAUAUCCACGGAAAAAUGCCCUGAGAAGUCACAAGAAGUAUUCCUGGAUGAGUUCCAGCAGGUAAUUAAUCUUGACUAAGAGCAAUUCCUGAACGAAUUCUGGAAAUAUCCUUGAAAGAAACACAGAAGGAGCUUCAAGUGGACCCCCUGGAGGAAUUUCUGGAACAAUGCCAGCAGGAGAAAACUUUGAAAAAAAUCUUUUGAAAUUCAUCCAGAUAUGGGAUUCUUCUAGAUGUUCCUGCUAGGAUUGCUCCAAGGAUUCCUAUACAAAUUCUUCCUGUGCUUCCUCCAAAAAAUUUCCAAAAAACUCCCUUGUCAUAUUUGGCCAAAUUCAAAAAAAAAGUUCUUCGACAAAACAUUUCCAUCGAAUGGUAAAUCCUGCAGAAAUAAGGGAAAGACAUAAAUGCACAGAUAAACAUUAGGUUUACAAUAAUUGUAAGGAACACGACUAAAGACUAAUUUAAGAAAAAAAAUAUCCAGAGGGAAUUGUUGUGUUUCAAUCUACGUUAAGUUUACAAAAGUUCACAAAAAUUGAAGUUUUAUGUAUUCUUGAUCGAACCCCAGUGCAAUACGUCUCAUCACGCAGUUACAUCCAACAGGUAUAAGCCAAAUUCUAGUAUCACCUUCAUUAACUAGGUAUCGUUGAAAAAAAAAACACAAAACGUUUCGGUAAAAAACAAGACUGAAAUUCUAAAACAUGUGUUAUAAAUGUUACAGAACCUAACUCCAUAAACGACGAACCGAAUGCAAAUCUUUGUCUAUACACUUCAUGAAAUAAAACAAACGUUGCAGUAGUCUACCAUCUAA